GUGAAUUGAUGCCUGCAUAAUUUGUAGAAACACAUAAAAACAUGGACAAAGAAAAGCAAGAAAUAGAAGCUUACUCAUCUGCAAUGGACUUGGUACUAGGCUCGAUGCUACCAAUGACCAUGCAAUCAGCAAUAGAGCUUGGGAUUUUUAAGACAUUAUCGAAAGCUGACCACGGUGUUUGCAAACUCUCAGCUUCACAGAUUGUCGACCGAAUGUUCAACUGCAAAAACUCUAAUGCAGCGAUGAUGCUAGACCAAAUCUUAAAGCUACUGGCUAGCCACGGCGUGAUGGAUUGCUGUGUGAUUGGCGGAGAGAGGUUUUACAGUUUGAAUCCUGUGUCCAAAUACUUUAUGCCCGACGAAGAUGGUUUUUCGUUAGUCUCGAUAUUGAACUUGGUUCAAGAUGCCAUCUUCAUGAAAAGUUGGUAUAGAACAUGUUGGUGGAGACAUGUUUCAAGUGUUCCCAGAGGAGAUGCCAUUUUCAUGAAGAGCGAUGAACAUUGCUUGAAGCUAUUAAAGAAUUGUCACCAUGCCAUACCAAAUGAUGGAAAAGUAGUUGUCAUGGACUCAGUCUUCCAAUCAUGCUAGAGACUACUCUUGAAGUGAAAAACACUUGCAAAUUUGAUGUACUAAUGAUGACUCAGACCCAAGGUGGCAAAGAGCGAACACAA